AUGGCCCCCACCCUGCCUUCAGAGCUCAAGGGGAUCUUUGCUGUCCUGGCUACUGGGAAUACACAAGUAGUGAGUGAAUCUGAGGAGGAGCAGCAGCCCAGCUUGGAAGAGAAACUGCAGCUGGCUCACCUAGAGGAGCUGGAGAAGCUGUUUGUGCCAUCCCCGGGACGUUUGCCAGAAGCAGAGGGGUCAGCGGCCAGGAGGGAAUCGCUGGGUGCCAAGCCUCGGCCCGAGCAGAUGCCCCAUCCGGAGAGGAGCCUGACCGUCCGAGAGCUCCAGGGGGUCUUGUGUGAGCUCCUGGGCUCAGAGCGCUGGAAGACCCAAGUGGAGUUGCUUGUUAAAAAGAUUGCCCUGGCCCACACUGGCUAUGUUACGUGGAACGAGUUGUGCUGUCACCUGCUGUUCCAGUUCCAAGAGCAUGAUGAAGCUGACAGACCCCUCCAAGAUCCUCUGCUUCGCCGACCGCCUCUCAUCCGCCGCUGUCCGCAGAACAGGCAAGAGCCAACCACGAGAGUCCUGGCCCUUCCCCAUCCUCCUCCCCUGCAGUUUGUGAGCGUCAGUAGAGGAGGCGUCCUCAGCGUGUGGGACAGCAGGUUCCGGCUCCAGAAAACAUACAAGAUUGCUGCCGUUGUCAAUGAUUUAACAACAGAAAGGAGCCAGAUGAAAGCCUGGAUCACUGACGCAGCCUACCUGCCUAAUGUCCACAAGGUGGCCGUGGCCACCACGGGCCGGAAAAUCCACUUCCUCGAAAUGUCUCCUACAAGCUUCUUCGAAGAGUUCCACCUGUUCGGACUGAAUGGUAUUCCAACAUGUUUGUGCUACUGUCAUAAAUCAGAGGAUGGCUGCUCGCUUCUGCUCUGGGGAGAUGACCACGGGGGAGUCAAUGUGCUCUGGUUUCUCCAUCCUCUCUCGGGCUUGAUCAACAAGUCGCUUCUGGAACGGUCUGGACUCUCGGGCAUCUUCAUGCAGGAUAUCAGCGAGCACAGCCAUUUCCUGAGUUACUACUACCUGUCGGCUGUGCAUCCCGAAGCCAUCUCCCAGAUCCAGCACCUCCCGGAAGACCAAUGCAUCACCUCCUCAGGGAGCUCAGAAACCUCAGUGGUCAUCAUGGACCUCUGGAAGAAGAGGACAGCGUACACAUGGAAGAUCAAGAAGGGUGUGCGGUGCUUUGACUAUUGCAAGCCCCUGAGCCUGCUGGCCACUGGCGGGUCCGACUGCACCGUCCGUCUCUGGAACCGCUACGUGCCUGGCUGGCCAACCGCCAUCCUCCGAGGACAUUCCGGGGCCGUGCUGGGAGUGGCCAUCCUCCAGAUCCGGGACCAGCUGCUCAGCUUCUCCAAGGACGGGGUGCUCAAGGUGUGGGCCUUAGGCUCCUCGGCCUGCCUGCAGACGGUGAGGCUCCCACUGGACCGUGCUCGGCCCGAGCAAGAUCUCGAGCCGGCCCGCUUCCCGCUCCUGCUCCUGCCCAACACUCCACCUCUGCCCCCCUUCCUCAUCGUGGCCUAUGCUGACUACCUCGGCCUGCUGAGGGGGGCCAUCCCACGACGCCCCAGCCGAGACCGGCCCAGGACCCACCAGACCCCGCUCUGUGGGGUGCACCACAUCUCCGCCUGCCACCAGGGCUGUUCCCAGAAGCCCCCUUUCACCCACAGCAGCCGGGUCGUAAGCACGGAGCACUUGGGAAGAGGCUCCGGGGGCUACGUCUUAAGCAGCUCCUCGGACCAGACAACCAGGCUGCGGACCUCAGGCAGGCCACCCGUGGGGACCUUUGGGCAGCAGCUGAAAUGGAACCUGCUGGCCACCAUCACAUCCCAUGAGGAUUCUAGUGAGAAGACGGGGGAAUUCAGGAAAAAAGAGAGCUCAAGAGAGCACCGUUGUUUACCUCUCAAUGUGCCCCUCCAACAUGGGGAAAUUAUCCAGAUCCCGGAUGGAAUGGGGAGAAAGAAGACCCAUAAAGAGCGAACUCCCAUUGGAACAUCGGGACAGAGAAAAGGAUCAAAAGAUGGCGAAUUCUCUCUCCACCUGGGGGCUCUCCCCCGAGCUCUCACACCCCUAAGUAAGAGACCCCCUGACGCUGAGAUCCUCAGCCCAGAUUCUGCCUCCCUGCUCACAAGUAGCUGCAGCCACUGCAACCUCAGCCAGCACCUGCAGGGCUCUUUCCAGCACUCCCUGGAUGCCCGUCUGGAGAAAAGGAUCUCUGGCAGGAGGGAACGCCGCAGUCUCUUUGGGGAUAUCGACGUCCACAAGCUUUUGCAGUUUGGCCAGAUCUGUUCCCCUUUUCAAGCUCUGGCCACGCCAGAGAUAGAAGGACUGGCCUUCCCCAAGGACCUGCCCGUGAGCUCCCGAAUGCUGAACCGGGGCCUCACCAGCCUGUCUGAAUCGGACCUCAGAGACCUGCAUCUCUCCUUUCCAGAGAAGGAGGAAGAAGAGGAGGAGCCCGGGGCCAAGCGAGCAGGAGGAGGAGGAGACUCCAACGAAAACCCCUUCAUUUCCCCCGUCAGUCAACAGAGCAAUAUUGAACCACCUGCGAUGAUCCAAGCACAGGGCUCUGUUCUGAGAGGCCGGGGGAGCAGGAGGAGUGGGAGGGAGAGAAUCUCUCCAGACACUACAGCUCGUAGCCGGAAGGCCUAAGUGCAUUCGCUCAUCCCCGGGUGGACCUGGCAUAGAAACGGGGGCUUUUUUUUUUUUUUAUCAGGCCUGGGCUGAUGUAGCGGGGAGCCGUCUUCAAACAACACCCACUGAGUUUCUGAUGCACUUGAGCUUGGAUCUGGUUUUUGGAUGCUUAUUCUGUGAGACUGCUUAGUAGAGCUAGCGACCAGAGAGGUCUUCCAUCCUUUAUCAAAAAUGAUUAAAGUCAGGGUUUAAGAAUGA